AUCGGCGCUGCAAGUUUACGUUCUGAGUUUGCCUGCCGCGAAGUUAUUUAACGUUGCAUUCCAGUUGUUUGAGUCUCAAAGUCUAUGCAGAGCGCGCACACCGAACAGGUUUCCCAUGAGUAGUGGACAGGUUGAGGCAACAACAGAGCGUCUAAAAGUAUAACUUCUAUUUGUUGUAGUUGGUGGCGAUUGGCAUAAUAGUUUGGUGCUGCUUUGAAGAACUUUGAGAAUUAUGUUGACAAUUACUUAAUCCAGAAAGUGAAAUAAUUACAGAAAUGGUGACGAAAUCGUUCGACUUAAUUCAAAAUGGAUUCAUAAUACCAGCGCGUUACAUUCAAGUGUUGCUGAUGUUCACCGCAAUAUUAUUGGUUUUCCAUCAGCGGGUUAAUUUAUCGGUUGCUGUGGUUGUGCUCAACAAAUUAAAUGAAACAACAAAUACAACACAACCGCAAUUCGUCUAUGCGUCCUUAACACCACACCAGCGUUCCAGCAUGUUGGGCAGCGUAUUUUGGGGCACAUUCUCAGUGCAACUACUCAGCGGCUACUUGAGUAGUCAUUACGGUACAGUUAAAUUGCUGCUAUGUUGCGUACUUGGCUCUUCACUAAUUAGUUUGGGCCUGCCAUAUGUGCUUAUCUACUGGGGUUAUGAGUCAUUUAUAGCGGGUCGUGUGCUGCAAGGCUGUGCGCAAGGCAUUAUUUUCCCCGCCGUCUAUGGACAUCUCGCUAAGUGGAGUCCACUGAAGGAACGUAGUCUGCUGGGUGGCAUCUCGCAAUCGGGCAUGGACAUGGGUAUGGCACUGGGGUUCUUGUGUAGCGGUUUGCUAGCGGUGACACCGCUCGGUUGGACUGCCAUAUUUUAUGUGCCUGGCUUUGCUGGUAUUAUAUGGUCAGCGCUCUUGCUGAUCUUCGCUGCAGAGUCGCCACAAAAGUGCCGUUACAUUUCACAUAAGGAGCGUAUACUUAUCGCUGAUGUCGGUGUGGCUGCUACGACUGCCAAACGCAAUGCGCCCACACCUUGGUGCGCCAUUUUGACUUCGGUGCCUUAUCUAGUCUUAGUUCUGGUCAAAUUGAGUCAUGGUCUGAGCAUUUUCACUUUGAUGCAACAAAUACCGCUAUAUAUUAAUGGUCUCUACGACUAUGAAAUUCAAGUGAAUGCUGUGCUCUCGGCGCUACCUUUUUUCCUCAUCUUCGUGACGUCACACUUGGUUUCAUAUACCGCCCACUAUUUGCUGGUGGUGCGCCAGUGCUCGCUCGCUUUGGUGCGCAAAUCCAUGAAUACCCUCUCGACGUGGGUGCCUGCCGGUGCCUUUGUGGCUAUGACGCUGGUAAGCAAAGAGCAUGUUUCGGCGCAUAUUGCCUGUUUAGUAGUCGCAGUGACCACCUAUGCAGCGGCCGCUGUGGGCAGUUCAUUGAAUCACAUUGAUCUCUCGCCGAAUUUCGGUGGCAUGUUGGUGGGUAUGACCAAUAUGGCUAUGACCGGCAUGGGUGUGAUCUCACCGAUUGUGGUGGCUGAAAUCGUUAAGGAUGAGAAUGACCGCUCGCAGUGGAACAUCAUUUUUCUGAUAAUAGCUGCUUUGUUGUUCUUGGGAAAUCUGCUUUAUUUGUUCUUUGGUAAAAUGGUGGCACAACCGUGGGAUAAAAUAGAAAACAAUAAUAUUGGUAACAUUUGUGUAGCUUCAUUUGAUGUUGCCACAAUACGGAAUAUUGUAAAAUAAAUGGCAAUAGUAGUUGUAACGGACAUGUAUACUAUUUCUUUCGAUAAACUUUCCGAUGAAGCAUGGAGAAUAGCCCAGCUUUGUAUAUGUUCUUUAAUAUACUGAAUCCUUCUAAUAAGUGACACAUUCAGUCAUUUUCCAUAUUAUGUUUUCUUUCCAAAGAUAUAACGGCAAGACAGCUUCGAAUAAGUGAUACUCACACGAGAUAUAGCCUCUGAUUUGAAUAAUGUCAAUCCAUCCAUAUUUAUGAAGCUUUAAAGUGAAGAUUGAGCCUUGUUAAAAUGAGCUUGGUUUCGGUUCCUGCUAAAACGACCAAAUGGAAUCUUAGU